UUCAGCCUGGUGUCAUUCCCGCAAGCAGACUUCACCGAGCUCCGGGCCAGGACGAGGGAGAGGAUCUGUGACUUGUACAGGGGACACCCCCCCGAGGAAGGAGAAUGACAGGGGGUCCCAGGGAGCUCCGCAGGCAUCUGGACUGUCCGCUCUAGCUCAUCACCGGACUGACACAUCGGGAUCGGGGGGCUUGUGACCGGAGAGAGCACCAUGCAGCACCCCCUGGAUAUCGGGGCGCACUACUUCCCCCAUGAGACGUUCGCCGACCACCGAUCUCACCGCUACCGGAGUUUCAUGAUAGAAGAGAUCCUCACCGACCACCAGGACCCCAAAAUCUCCCCUCCUACCGGGGAGCUGCUCAAGUUCGGGGUUCAGGCUUUGCUCUCUGCAAGACCCUACCACAACCACCUCGCUCUACUAAAGGCAGAGCAGGCCUCGAUCUUCAAGUUCCCCUUGGGCCAUCUUUCCUGCCCCGGCCUGGGCUCCCCCAUCAGCUCCGCACUGCUCGCAGCCAGCUCGGGCCUCCAGGGCGGGUCCGGCUCCGCCCACCACCUGCCCCUAGAACUGCACCUGCGGGGUAAGCUGGAGAGCGGGGUGUCCGAGCAAGGCAGCAAAGCCAAGAAGGGCAGGAGAAGCCGGACUGUGUUCACAGAGCUGCAGCUUAUGGGGCUGGAGAAGAGGUUCGAGAAACAGAAAUAUCUUUCCACCCCUGACAGGAUAGACCUGGCAGAAUCUUUGGGGCUUAGCCAACUACAGGUGAAAACUUGGUACCAAAAUCGGCGCAUGAAAUGGAAAAAAAUUGUUUUGCAAGGUGGGGGACUUGAAUCACCAACGAAACCCAAAGGUCGUCCUAAGAAAAAUUCCAUCCCAACCAGCGAACAGCUUUCAGAACAGGAGAGGGCAAAGGAGGCAGAAAAACAGACUGAGGACCUCCAUUCACCCUGCGAAAUUAAUCAGGAGGAGUAAAGGACCCCAUUACGGUGCCUGGGCAAAACAGCCAAAUAGCAGACUCAUAGAGAACUCAUAGACACUUAUCAUCAGAAGGAUAAAUGUCUAUAGUGGAAUAUAAGGAGCAUACUGAUCUACCUAAGAGCAAAGAAACAUUUACCAACUGUCCAGUCCCAAUAAGCUCUAAGCAUGAUGACUUGUCUCUGACUUAUCAGCACCUCCCCAGAGAGGUUCCUGUGCUUGCACUGUGGGAUUUCAGGGCACCUUGCCCUCUCACUGGUAGACUUUGCUCGUUUUAAUUAUUCUGAUUCCAGAAUGUGGAUUUUUAAUAUAUGGAAUAAAGCACUUAAACUGCAAAUUCCAGCAAUUUUUUGUUUUCCUUUUAUUUUUUUUAAAUUCGUCUGAAGAUACAGUAAAGAACAAGAGUGACUCAAUGGUUAGUAGACAAUUCUCUAAUAUUAUCUGUUCUUUAUAUUUAAUAUGAAAUUUGUUUUGUUCAUGUGUGUAUGUAAAUAUAUAUAUAUAUAUAUUAAGCAACACCAACAUUUCUAACUUUGUCUUGUACCUGUUUUAACUUUGCUAAAUUUUGUAUUUUAAAUAUAAAAAAGAUGUACAAGACAGGAGCUGCUUUUCAAUUUGAUAUUGUACCCUUACAAAACAUAGAUUUGGCUUCAUUGUCUUAAACAUGAUUGUUGAUCUAUGAUGUUGAUAGGAUGAUUUUACUAUAAGAAUAUUUUGUAUGUCCAGGGAAGGUAAGUGACUUUAGCUGGAAUUUUUUUUUUUUUAAUAUUUGCUUAUAUGCACCAAAAUAUUCCUAUAGUAAAACACAGAUCAAAUAAGCAAGGGUAACUGUCCAUGUUGCCUAAUAAACUACUAUUUUUUGCAUUUGA